AUGGUUGGCGGUUCGUUGCUGGUAUUUUUUGACGACAUUCUCAUCUAUAGCCCGACGUGGGAACAUCAUUUACACCACCUCGAAUUAGUUUUAAAGCUAUUGCAGCAGGAACAGCUUUAUGCCAAGCUUUCGAAGUGCUCCUUCGGCUCGGCAGAGAUAGAUUAUCUUGGCCAUACUAUAUCUGGUAAUGGGGUUCAUAUGGAAGAUGCAAAGCUGCAAGUAGUUAUGGAGUGGAAACAACCUCAAAACCUUAAUCAGCUAUGGGAUUUUUUAGGUUUGUCGGGUUAUUAUCGACGCUUCAUCAAAGGUUAUGCCUCUAUUGCUACCCCGCUAACCAAUCUGCUCAAGAAGGAUGCAUUCGACUGCAAAGAUGAGGCUGAAUCUGCCUUUCUUUAA